GGACUCGGCAUACUGUCCAGCGUAGGCCUGGGCACCGGUCUCCACACGUUUCUACUAUAUUUAGGCCCACACAUAGCAUCGGUAACAUUGGCUGCCUAUGAGUGUGAUUCGCUUGACUUUCCAUCGCCUCCCUAUCCGGACGAAAUUAUAUGUCCCGUUCCGACACCAGGUGUUGCACCGAUUUUGAGUGCAGUAAGCGUAUGGACUAUUAUGUCGAAAGUACGUCUGGAGGCGUUCAUGUGGGGCGCCGGUACAGCACUUGGGGAACUGCCCCCGUAUUUCGUGGCCAGAGCUCACCGACUGUCCGGCGAGGACGAGGAGGAACUAGACCAAGACAUAGCCGACGAGAUCACCGGCUCAUCGGGCGCUGUCGUGCCCAAUGCGGGGAACAGGAGGUCUAUGGCCCAGCGGUUUAGGGCUAAUAUGAUUCAUUUGGUAACUAAAGUCGGGUUCUUCGGUAUACUCGCGUGCGCUUCAAUACCGAACCCUCUGUUUGAUUUGGCGGGCAUUACCUGUGGCUAUAGUCUGGUGCCCUUCUGGACCUUCUUCGGCGCCACCCUUAUUGGAAAGGCUGUCAUCAAAAUGCAUAUCCAGAAGCUG